AUGUCCUAUGGUAAUUUCCUCUUCAGGAUCGCAUGCCUAAUGCCCGCAUUGCUAGAUCAGUCCUCAAAAACCCACACGCUCGAGGUAAAAUAUCAAGAAGUUCUGCGGUUCGAUCAAAUGAUGCGGGAGCUGGUUGUGUCGGAGCUACCACCAUGUCUGAACAGCCAAACGCCAAUUGAGCCACAGUGGCCUCGAUGGGUACUGUUAGCCCGGCGUUGCCUUACGAUUACAUCCGCCCAUAAAAUCAUUGUACGUCUAGAUAUAAGAGGACUAGAAAAGUUACUAAUUGACGUUCUUUACCAGAUGAUUCACAGGAGUUUUCUUGGGAUGAGUUUUCACGAUAAAAGAUAUGCUUUCACAAGGAGAACUAAAACAAUCAUAAAUGAGGUCAAACAAGAUCUCCCUGACGAAAGCCCGAUAAUCUGGACCACACAAGCCUUUAGUGUUGCUGCUGCUAUUAUAUUGUCCCUAGAUAACUUUAGCCGCCACCGGUCCGCUCAAGAGUAUAUAGAUAACCGUCAACUAGUCUUGGAUGCCAUUAAAUAUCUUUCCAGUAGUGUCUCAAUAUCCUCAAUCGCUGCCAGGGGCACACGUCUUCUGGCUGGACUAUUAGCGGAAGAUGAAAAGCAUACUCAGAUUUUGGAUACUCGCCAAGACUUACGUGGUGAAAGCCAAAGAGCUGGCGGUGGAAUUGCUGUUUCUAAGAGUGGCGAUAAAAGUCUCGAUAUUUCAGCGUUCGUGAAGAAAUUCUGUCAACAAGACCAGGCACCGCCAGGCAGUUCUCCUAUAACAGAUUCGCAUAUGCCAUUAUGGCUCCAACAGGAAACGUCUUUUCAGUCUUACUCGAAUGCUCGGCGGGAAUCACAGGAUAUGUAUACGACAGGUAGAGACAGAAGUUACGCCGCUUCCAACUCGAGAAUGCCACCACCGCCAUCCAUGCAUGAUGCUUUCGGACUCACAGCAGAUCGCCGCCAGCAUGAAUACCCCCCCAACCCGUUUACUCAAGCAUUUUCCGACAAUUUUGAUAUCAGAAAUGAAUGGCACCUUCACACUCAAUCUGAGAAGACUCAACGUCAUGAGAUCCUCGGACCUCGACACGGGCGAUAUCAUGUCCUGAUCCCCCGCAAUGAGCACAGCUGGGCAUUUGAUCGUAGAAUAGUCUGGAUCGACAUGCGUCUUGGCACAAGCUGCCUCACAAGUAGCCGCGUAGCCUUCGGCGUCUUGCGAGCUGAUCAUCUGCCUGACGAUUGUUCGAACAAGGUUCGAGGAGCUGGGAGCGACAUUGUUGCCAAUUGUGGAAUCUCUAAUCCCUUCGAUGCCAAGCCUGGCUUUGGCUCCAAGGCCAGUCAUUCGCUCGACAACAGCAGGAAUAUGGGAGGCUGA